AUGAAUAGGUGGGUGUUUAUGGUGUGGUUUGGUUUUUUUUUUUUGGAAGGAUUUAAAUUUAAAAAAGUGAGUCAUAUUUUAAAUGAUAGUAAUUAUUUAUAUAAUCAGACUAACAACAAAAAUAAAUAUAUAGACGCAUAUUUAGAAAGAAAUAAAAUAAUACCAUUAAAGAAAUGGAAAAAUAAACAAAAAAAAAUAAAUAGUCUAAAUACACAUUUGUAUUCCUCUCUAUAUAGCAAUCCGGAUAGUGAUAUAAAAAAGGAAGACUCAAUAUAUGAAAUAAUAAACAAUGCAAUUAAAAAUGUUGCAAAAAAAAUAAAAAAAAAUGAAAAUUUAGUGAUACCAAAACAAUAUUUAUUAGAAGAUAAUAAACUUUAUGAUGAUUAUGAAUAUCAAUCAGGAAUAGUUAUGUACAUCGAUAGAGACUUUAUUGAUGGUAUUCCUACAAAUGGGGAUGAACAUAAACGUAAAGAUCUUCGACAACAAAUAAUUGAGGGUUUAAAAAAUGAAUGUUCUAACAUAAUUGAUGAUAUACUAUUAUCUUCAAAUGGUAUAUUAAAUAUAAGAGUAAAAGAAGAAUAUAUAAAAACAAAAUUUUAUGAAUUUCAUAAUCAACUAAAUGAAAAUAAACAAGAUUUUCAAACAAAAAAUAAUGAAAAAAAAAAUGUAGUAUUAGAUUAUUGUGGAGUUAAUAUGGCAAAGCAUAUGCAUGUUGGUCAUUUAAAAUCAUUAUUUUUAGGAAAUGCAUUAAGUAAUAUUUUUGAUUAUUUUAAUUUUAAUGUAAAUAAUCGAAAUCAUAUUGGAAAUUGGAAUACUAAUAUAGCAAUGGUCAUAACUUUUUAUAUAUUUUUUUUGUCUGAAAAUGGGUGUAAUAAAUCUUUUAUUAAUUCAUCUUGUUUAUCACAAACUUCAGAAAAGGUUAAAGAGAAUAAUAAUUGUUCUACUGAUAUUUUUGUAGAACAAAAUGAAAAUUUAGAAAUUGUUAAAAAAUAUUUAGACAUUUUAAAUAACUUAGAGGAGGACAAUUUUUAUGAUUAUUAUGAAAAAUUUAACAUGAACGAAUUAGAAAAUGUAAACUUAGAUAAUAUUGAUAAGGCAUAUAAAAUAUCUAAACAACUAUACUCUAUGAGUCCUCUAUUUCAAAAUUGUGCUAAACAUGUUUUAUCUUUAAUGUAUAAAUAUGAUGACAAAGCUAUGCAAUUAUGGAACACUCUUUGUUCUAAAACAAAAAAGGAAAAUGAUGAGAUUCUUCGAAAAUUUAAAGUUCAUAAACUAGUUGAAAAAGGGGAAGAUUUUUAUGUGAAAUAUGUUCCUAAAGUUUUAGAAGAAAUGGAAAAGAAAAAUAUUCUUUUUAAAUUUGGAAAUAAAUUAUGUGUCCUUUUUAAAAAAAAAAAAAAAGAUGAAAUUUUAGAGACUGAAAAAAUGAAAAUAAAUAAUUAUGACAAUGAUGAUAAAGACUAUUAUGAGGUUGUACAAGUAGAUGAUAAAAUAUAUGACAAUUUAAAAAAUGGAGAUAUGAAUGUUUUGAAAGAAAAUUAUAAUAUUUUAACUUUAAAAAAUGAUAUAGCUUAUACAUAUGCAGGUAUAGAUUUAGCUGCUAUAUAUUAUAGAGUCUAUUUUGAAAAAGCUGAUAAAAUAAUUUAUGUUGUUGAUGAAAAUCAAAAAAAACAUUUUAUGCAGAUUUUUUCAAUUUACAAACAUAUGAACAUAUUUUCAAAAAAUGUAGAAUGUAAAUGUAUAUGCUAUGGUUUUGUCUUAAAUAAUGAAAAAAAAAAAAUCAAAACCAAAAAUUUUGCUAAUAAUAUUUUUGUUAAAGAUGUAAUAGAAAAUUUAGAAAAGAUUGAAGUAAAAAAAAAUGAUGAAAAUGGAUAUAGCGACAAUGUGGAUAAGAACAAAGAAGAAAAGGUUACAUAUAAUAAGAAAUAUUACACAAAUAAAAAUUAUAAAGAUUUAUUAUUAUCUUCCAUAGUUUAUUCUUAUAUUAGUGUUAAAAAUUGUAAAAGACAAGCAAUAAAUAAUUUAAUUAACCCUUAUAAUUUUGAAUAUAUUUAUAUUAUUAAUAAUUAUAAUGAUAUAUAUUUUAUAUUGAAAAAUUUACAAAAAUCAAAUUAUUCAUUUAUGUUUGAAGAAAAAUAUAAUAUUAACAUGGAUUAUCGAUUAAAAAAACUAUUAUUAGAUAUUAUGAAUUUUAAAAAUGUAUUAAAAAAUAUAAUAUAUAAUUAUAACGUUGAUAAAUUAUGUUCUUACUUAUUUAGCUUGUCACAAAAAAUUCACCAUUUCACUCGUGACAGUUUUAAUAAAAAUUAUCUUCACUAUUUUGAAGAAAAAAAUGUUCAUAAAUUUUUAAACUUUAUCAAAAAUGCUAAUAAAGAAAAAUUAGGUAAUACUACUACCAAUACAGAAAAACAACAAUACGACAUAUUGGAUGAUGAAAAAGAAACAUAUUUGAAUUUAUUUAUAAAUUUUAUUAAAAGUGAUAAAGACAAUAAUCCUACAAUUAGUAAAAUAAAUAGCCUUUCCAAAGAUGAGCUAAACAAAAUUCUAUCCUUUUUUUUAAAUAAAACACUUGAAAUAAUUGCUAUGCAAUCAUAUUUAUUUAUAGUCUCGGAAAUAUUCGAUAUUCUGAAUCUUUAUUUAGUAAAGGUUGAUACGUAG